CACACACACACACACACACACACACACACACACACACACACACACACACACACACACACACACACACACACACACACACACACACACACACACACACACACACACACACACACACACACAAUCUACUAAUGUCUUUAAUCUUAUGCUAUUUUCCAUUUCAACAGUUUAAAGGUCUGAAUGAAUAAUGUAUUACACACAAACACACACACCUCAGGCAUUCAUUUCAGAGGGAUCUGUGAAGUUGUUGAUGGGAGUAGAGAGAGAGACUAGCAGGCCAGUGGCACUGAGGAAACAGAGGUCCGUCCAGCAGUCUUAACAUAGCUAGUCGGAGGGGACUAGAACUUGUCUCUCAAUGGCCCAAAUCAGCCCCUCGCCUAACCUCUUCCUGUCCCCAUAGGAAACCAAACCACCCAGGAUCGCUAGCCUAGAAAAGUGGUGUAACACUGUUUCAUAAAGAGGAGUGUGUUUCCGCUGUAGAUUACACUAUGCAUUGUGCACUGCCAAGUUAACCCUUUCACUGGCGGCAUGUAGCGUUGGUAGCUUUCAUUCAUGUCAAUCAUUUCUGGUAACUUAUUAAUGAAUAACUUGAUGUUUGUUUGUGAGACGUGGUCUUUAUUAAAGGAUAGAUUUACAAAGUGACUAAAGUACUGAGGAGGAGUGAAUGUAACGUGAUGGUGAUGCAGGUCUUUAUUUUCAUGGCAAUGUUCAACAGGUUGUAAAUAGUGCACUAAAACACCACACACUUACAAACUAUUUGAAUGAUAUAUUCUGUAUAAAUGUCAGAAGGCACAUUAACUUGCUUUGGAGACCAUGUAAUAUGAUGACCAUGCAUCCAUCCCUUUGGAUAAAGAGGGAAUGUAUUGAAAACACUAAAACGUCUUUACUUUUGGUUAUGUUGCAACAGUUAUUAUGAAGCAAAAUGCUCAUGGCACGUAAGAUAAGGAUUGUCUUCAGGAAAGUAAACAGUUGAAUGUUGUGGUUCAACUACUUUACACUCCUGUAUUUACCAGGUAUUUACUUAAAUAGUAGAAUGAUCAUUAGAAUAUCCACCUAAUGACAACUUAUUAUUUUUAAAAAAAGUUAAUUUUAAGAGUUUCUAAUUCUGUUGAAUUCUUUGAGAUAAGUGCCAAAAGGUAUGACUGUUACCAUAGUUUCAUAGUAAAUACCUGGUAGAUACCAGAUGAAGCAGGGCUGUAAAAUCAAGUCUGACUGAUGCCCUAAUGUUUACAUGAUGGUAACUGUGUAAGUCUGAUGAUUGACAAGCCCAGAUCCACUCAUUAAAACAUUGAUUGAACGGACAUUCAAGUUGAACCACGUGGGCUUACAGAGGCAUCGUUGAAAACUCCACUUUAUGUGAUUUAAAUGUGCAAAUGUAACAUGGUACGAUUGUGAUAAAAGCAACCUAAUAAAUGAAGCGUUGACCUUCUGAAGAACAGUUGUCAUGUUGUUGUGUCCAAAAUGUCAGCUUUAUGCCGACUGAUAGAGGUGAGAAUGAAAAGUAUUGCUGUUCUGUCCGUUACAGGUCUGGUAAUUAACCUUCAGCACUACACAGCCACAGAGAACCUCUAUCUGACUAUUUUAAACCUGCAUAACAACUUUUGCAGUAAAGACAUUGUUUUCACUUCCCUUUUCUCAAGACAUAUUUAAAGGUUGUUCUCUAGUAUUCUGCACGAGACUGUAGCGGUCUAGGUGUCGACAGAAGUACAGACCUCUCCCUCUAUAGAAGCACAGAGGUCUGGCAGGAAGACGGUUUUUAAACACGGAACACUGAGGUCUAACACCAAGAAUGACGUUUGUGUUUUGGGUGUGGAGGCCCGGUGUGAGUGUGCUGCUGCUCUUGUGUGUGUGUGACGGAGCAGAAGGGGUGAUCAGGCGUCACUGUGACUGCUAUGAGGAGGAUCUGUAUGUACAGAAAGACAUCGGAGGGUUCAUACAAUGUUCCCUUAAGCCUGGCCUGGGACCCUAUGCUGAGUGCACAGAGAUCACUGACCUCAGGUCUGGGCUGGAGGAGGUGUUUCCUGAUGUGCGUUCUCUUUGUAUCCUUCACUCCUCCUCCUCCCUGCCUGCAGACUCCUUCUCUCACAUUCCCCUCCUGGAGCACCUCUAUUUGGAUGGCUCACACCUGGCAAAGGUGACCUCAGGGGCCUUCGCUGGUCUGCCCAAACUAAGGUUCCUCCACAUCCUCGUCUCCUCCUCCUGGGGGGGAGUGAACGUCACACUGGAGCCAGGGGUGUUCCAGGGCCUGUCUAGCCUGGAGGAGCUCACCCUGGCUGGUAUGAGUCUGGCCCUGGCCCCCCCUACUCUGCUGGAUCCCCUGGUACGGGUGAGGAGCCUGAGGGUGGACAGGGCUGGAGCGAGAGACCUGGGGGAACUGUUCUGUCUCCUCUCCCCUGGGAUGGAGAAACUAGAGACCCUGGAGCUGCCUGGCAGCAUGGUCAGCUCCAUCCAGAACGGAGGCUGCUCUGGAUCCAAUCCGUGGCCCACAGUGCUCCUGUCCAGGAUCCGGAUCCUGGAUCUGAGUGGAAACCCGGUGCGAAGGGUAGAGCCGAAGUCUCUGUCUGUGUUCCAGAACCUGUCCAGUCUGUCCCUGUCUAUGGUGGAUGUCUGGGUGGGCCAGCUGUGGGGGUCUGGCAUGGGGAGGGUUAACAAGCUCUACCUGUCCAGUUACACCUUGGGACAUUUCACCCCCAGCCUGUCUGACCUGUGUACUCUGGUAGUAAAACAUGGAGUGGAGUCCUUGGAUCUGCACCUGGCCCUGAUCACAGCCUUCACUGCAGAGGUCAUGAAGAGGUGUGGUCCUGGUCUGAGGCAGCUGUCUGUGACUUCUGAGGAUCUGUCUGGUAUGGAUCUGGGGUUCUGGACUGGUACCGGUCGGAUACAGGGUCUGAUGAUGGUCCUGACCAAGCUGACCAAUGCCUCGUUCUGCUCAGCAGGGGGAGGGAGGGUGUGGAACCUCACCUCUCUCAUUCUCCAUGAGAACCACCUCACUGAGAUCACCACUGAUCAGUUCUCCUGUAUGCCCCUGCUGGAGCGUUUGGAUCUGAGUGGGAACCAUAUCUCCUCCCUGGCCCACCGGGCUCUCCAGGGGAUGCCGCUCCUCCGCGUCCUCGACCUCACCCACAACAAAAUCUCCAUGCUGGGAGAAGACGACUUUGAGGGUCUGCCUGCUCUAGAGGUUCUCCUCCUGGAAGGGAACAAGAUCUCAGGGGGCAUCGCUCAUGGGGUGUUCCGUAGACAGCAUCGACUCCAAGACCUCAGCCUGGGAGAGAUAGACAUUAUCUACCAGCUCUACCUCAACAUGCUGUUCCUGGGCUUCCCCACCAAGCUCCAGCACCUCCUCAUCGACACAGGCCCAGGAACCUACCUCACCGUAGGCCAUGUUCCCGCCCCUGAGUUCCCCAUGGUCCUGGAACUCAGAGGGAAGAUGAUCCAGUCCUCUGACUGUGAAAACAACAUGUUCCCCAUGGUCCGAGAGCUGAAGGUGGGCGAGGGGACAAAAUUUGACUGCAACAACAUUUUCCUGGCCCCCUACUUCCUCAACCUGGAGUCGUUUGAGUUCUCAGCCAACCCUGAGAAGUUUUCCACCCCCUACACCACCAUCAACCAGCUUCGAAAGCUGAAGAGGCUCAAACUGACCAACCUCAACUUCUCCAACCACACAGACCCCAGUGUUACCUUCAGGAACCUGACGGAGCUCAGGAGCCUAGUGCUGAUCAACUGUCGACUCAACUUCCUCACCAGGUCCAUGUUUACAGACCUGGUGUCUCUACGUGUUUUGAGGCUGUACAGUGAGAGCCCUCUGAUCCUGUUGGAGGGGGUCUUCAUUCCCCUGCUGUCUCUCUCCACCCUGGUCUUUGACCAGGUCGACUUCCGCUGUGACUGCUCCAACGGCUGGCUUCUGGACUGGGCUGACAACUCUCGCAAAACACAGGUGGUGCUCCUGCAGCGACAGCAGUGCAUCUGGCACUACCAACGACUCAACUUCCUGUCCACCAUGGAGCGCCUCUGCCAGACCGAAGACGACUUCCUGUCCUACGUCUCCACAACGGCCACUGUGUGCACCCUCCUGUGCUUGGCGCUAGGAUACCGCUUCCUCCGCUGGCCCUGUGUCGUUCUAUUCUUUCGUCUGAGAGGAUGGGUGGAGCGACGUGUGGGGAGGAGGUGGUGGAGGAGGAAGAGGAGGAUGGGGGGACAGUGGGAGGACCUGAUAGAGGGGGAAGAGGGAGAGGAGAAGGAGGAAGAGGAGGUGAGGUAUGAUGCGUUUGUGUCGUUCAGCAGUGGUGAUGAGGCGUGGGUACUGGGAGAGAUGGCCCCGAUGCUAGAGGAGGGGGAGCCACGACUACGACUGUGUCUGCACCACCGAGACUUUGAGGUAGGGAAGGGCAUCGUGGAUAACAUCGCUGAGAACAUCUACUGCAGCAGGAGGACGGUGUGUGUGUUGACCAGACGCUACCUGAGGAGUGACUGGUGUGGCCUGGAGAUGAGAGUGGCCACACACCGCCUGUUGUCUGAGCACAGCCACAGACUCAUCCUCAUCUUCCUAGAACACAUCUCCCCCUUCGAGCUGUCCGCCUUCCACAGACUGGCUAAGCUGGCCAGAACCCGGACCUACCUGGACUGGCCCCAGGAUGAGGACGAGAGGGUAACGUUCUGGGAGCGUUUACGCCGAAACAUCGCAGAGAGAGACGCAGACGAACUGCAUGAUCCUCCGGAAGCAUCCUGAAGUCAUCUGCAUGUUCCACGUGAUGUUCUACGUUUAGAGAGAGAGUUCGCUACUGAUCUCCGAUUAGGGUGCCGUCAAAGGACUCCUUUCUGGACUUUGUUUUUGCAUAAUAUUU